AUGACUGCUCCCCCUGUCGUCUCUCGCCCUCUCCACCUGUACGUCUGCCCCCCUUCUAUCCCAAUGGCUUCUGGCUGGCCAUCGCCCUCGACGACGGACGCUGAUGAACGGUACAUCAAUCCACCAACAAACCAUCCAUCUGCUUUGCUCGGUCUGCAAAAGGAUGCCCAAGUACAGUACUGUACUUACACAGCGUACCUACUGCUGCUCCAGCGUGCCGCAUACGUACGCGCGAGGCUAUUGGCUGCCUGGCUGGGGCAUAUCAUGACUAACGGAAUAGGCCCGUCAAUUCGACAACCAUUCCCUGGGUCCUUCAACUCAACGACAACAUCUCUUCUUCAUCCCCCGCAACCGCUGCUGCGUCCAUGCAAAACAUGGAACCUUCGCCCGGCCAUGCCACUGGCUGCGCUUCUGCACCACCACCGCCAUUCGUGAACCGUUGCUUUCUAGCUCCUCCCAACUGUUAGCGGCCAAGCUCUGCCUGGCCCAACAAGACCCGCCGUCUUGCUGCUUAUGCUGCAGAUCCCCAAUACUCGCGCCCCGUGGUACUUGGAAUGCUGCUCUCAUCGUCUUCAUCACUUCACCAUCACACUCUUGCACGGACCCACGCUACGGUAGACGUUCGCAACACAUGCUGUUCUUGUUCAAUUCACCAUUCCCCCCCUGUCUAGUUGACACCACCAAACUACCUACUCUCCUCCCCUUCACUCCUUCGACCUUGUUGCUGUCCC